AUCCUCAUCUUUCAAAUACAGUGUUUCUAUAUUCUGUGAUUAAGGUCAGCAGCACCAUGAAGGGUGGAGGCCGGGGAAAGGAGCCACCCGUGGAGGGGGAGGUCAGCGGCAAGCGACCCAAACGCAAGUGUCUGCAGUGGCACCCGCUGCUCUCCAAGAAGGCCCUAGACUUCUCUGAAGAGGAAGAGGAAGAAGAUGAGGAAGAAUUGGACAAGGAGCCGGCGCUGUGCUCUGAGAGCGGAGGGCAGGAGGUGGACUGCGGGGCCAUGGACGAGGAGGGAGAGGGGGAGGAGGACUCGUCGGAGCAGCGCGCCCGUCGGCCCAUGAACGCAUUCCUGCUGUUCUGCAAGCGUCACCGCUCUCUGGUCAGACAGGAACACCCGCGACUGGACAACCGCGGGGCCACUAAGAUACUGGCCGACUGGUGGGCGGUGUUGGAGCCCAAAGAGAAACAGAAGUACACAGAUAUGGCAAAGGAGUACAAGGACGCCUUCAUGAAGGCAAAUCCAGGGUACAAGUGGUGCCCGACUGCCAACAAGCCCGUCAAGAGUCCUUCUCAUCAAGUCAGCAACGCCCGCAAAAAAGUCUGGGCCUUCCCCCCCAACCCAACCAAGGACUCAGCCGUCGCCAAAAAAAUCCCCAAGAUGGACAAUGCUCCUCAACUCAACUUUGCCAUGGCAGAUCCUACUAAAAUGGGGGGGCUGAGCAUGCUGCUUUUGGCGGGAGAACACGCCCUGACCGCUAGAGAGAUUUCGUCCAGUUCCUCCCAGACUGGAGUCACUGAUGUUGCUAAGCAUGCUGGGAAAUCUGCCCUCUUCCAGCUCGCUGAGAUCUCUUCUACGCCAGCCCAGCCCACGGCAGAGAGGAAACACAGUGAGGAGAGGAACCCCUCGGCCAGCGGGCAAGAGUACACUGGAGCCUCUCAGCCUGGCCCCCCGGAGCCGCCCAAAAGCUGUGCAAAGUCCCCUUUAUUUCAGCUAGCCGAGAUUUCCUCCAGUAGCUCUGGGUCACCAAUGCCAGAAGGGAAGCAGUGUGGACAGUCUGCUCUGUUUCAGCUUGCUGAGAUGUGUUUGGCCUCUGAGGCAGAGAAAAUGGAGGCUCGCUCCUUCCAGCCACCGAGUCAGUCUUCGUUAGAUAGCUCUCAGGACGACGCGGCCCACACAGAGUCCAAACAGUCGAAGGACAGUCCUGAUCUUCCUCUGUCCACAUCUUCUUCUUCUUCUUCUUCUUUUUCUUCUUCUUCUUCUUCUUCUUCUUCCUCCUCUACCUCUACCUCUGCUUCCUCUGCCUCCUCCACUCCCACUGACACCAGCCCACCACUGCUCAACCAACCCAAGAAUGUGACAAACAAAAAGAAGAAGAAGAAAGAGGGGAAAGAGACGUCGAAGGCCGACAAGAGUCCCAGCUCGCCCAAAAAGACCUGCAAGAAGCGGCAGUCCUCCGACUCCGACCUGGAGAGCGUAAUCUACACCAUCGAGGCCGUUGCCAAGGGCGCGUGGGGGGUGGAGGAGGGGUCCCCUAAAAAGAAGGCCCGUUCUACAACCAGUGAAAAGAGCAGCCCUGGAGACGGGCCCCUCUCACCAAAAAAGAAGAUAAAACCCAAAGUACGGAAGCCUCUGAAGACCAAGGAGGAACAGGCAAAGGAAGAGCAGGUGCAGGAAUCCAAGCCCCAGGUCGUGGAGAAGGAGGUAGCUCCACUCAGCCCCAAAGCGGAAGUGGAGGAGCCAGCUGUAAAGUCUGAGCCCCAGACCAGCCUAGAGGAGGGCGCCCCUCAGUGUUCCUCACCUGCUCCUGUCAAAUCCGAGGAGAAAGAAACCGAGGCUAAGCCGGAGAACUGCGGCUCCAGGAAGUCAGAGAGGAGCUGCAAAGGGGCCUUGUACAAGACUCUGGUGUCUGAAGGAAUGCUGACCUCACUGAGGGCCAAUGUGGAUAGAGGAAAAAGAGGUUCUGUCCGAGGUUCUGUCUCUGACCAUGAGAUUAGCUGGACCGAAGAGAGUUGGACCUUUUCCCAGGCUGUUGCCAGCAAUCCCAAAAAACUGAAGAAGUCCAAAUCAAAAGACGAGAUCCCACAAGGUCUUGGAAAACUGGAGGAGGAAUUUGAGAAGAAGUUCAACAGCCUGCCCCAAUACAGCCCUGUGACAUUUGACAAGAAAAGCACUUCCGCUACCAAGAAGAAAAAAUCCACCCCAGCCAGUCCAGCCGAGCCACCUAAACCUGGCAAGAGUUCAUCUUCAUCUCAGAAAAAGGCUUUAUUCCACAAGAUUGUUAGCAAGUACAAGCAUAAAAAGGAGAAGCCCAAUACCUUGGAUAAAGCCAUAGCAGGGUGUGACUCUCCUGUGUUGGAGAUGGUUCCAAAGGUUAAGCCUUGUGCCCAGGGAAUGGUCCUCUCUGCUGAGGCCCAGAGGGCUGCCGAGAUGCUGGUGGGCAGCCAGAAGAGAAAGGCCAGGAAGAGCAAGAUCACCCACCUGGUGCGCACUGCCGACGGCAGGGUGUCUCCAGCAGAAGAAGACAAAGCAAAGGAACUGACCCAGGAUCAGGAUGAAAAGCCAUUAAACCAAGAGACUUUAUGCAAUGAGGAAGGCUGCUACGCUGCACCCAGGUCAGAGGAGGCAGAAAGGCCUGAUGCCUCCAGCAGCCUCCCAGCCUUUUUCAGUCUGGCGGCCCUAGCUGAGGUCGCAGCCAUGGAAAACGUGCACAGAGGCCAGCGUGCUGUCGGCAUGUCCAGCGAGGGCCAAGUAAAGGAAAUGGCCCCCCAAACUCCAGUUCUUAUCUCCUGUGCUGACCAGUAAAGGCCUGUUAGGCUGGACCCUCCUGGGAUUGGACAA